UGUAUGAUAGAUCGGUUGCGAAAUGAAUUGGUGUUCAAGUGAUGUCUAAAUUGCAUGAAAUGUGGACUCAAUUGCAAUGAAUUGGUGACACAUUUGGUCACAAAUGCCUUCCAUUUACUGAUUUGAAUGACAGGUAAUCCUCGCGACUGAAGCCAACCUAAGCCAUAGCCAUGUCUUCGCGGUCGUCUCAGUACGUGGAGGUGCAGCUGGAGAUCGGCCACAGAGCCACCCCUCGCACCACCAUCAGACCCGAUGGACACACUCACGAC